AUGGGGUGGACCAGAGGUGGUGUUCUUGGCCGUGGAUCCUCCGCCACCGUCUCCACCGCCACCUCCACCACCGGAGAGGUGUUUGCCGUCAAGUCUGCCGCCCUGUCUCAGUCGGAGACUCUGCAAAGAGAGCAACAGUUUCUGUCCAUUUUGAGGAGUCCUUAUGUGGUAAGUUAUAAAGGGUGUGAAAUUACUAAAGAGGACAACAGGUUAAUGUACAACCUCCUGAUGAAGUACAUGCCCGAAGGUACGAUUGUCGACGCAAUCGGGAGGCGGAAACGUGGGAGGUUAAGUGAGUCAGAGAUAUCGAACUAUAUGGGUCAGAUUCUUCGGGGUUUGGAGUACAUUCAUUCGAAUGGGAUAGUGCAUUGCGAUAUCAAAGGGGCGAAUUUGUUGGUCGGCAAAGGCGGUGGUGUCAAGAUUGCGGAUUUGGGGUGUGCGAAGUGGGUUGGCGAGGACGUGGCGGUUCGUGGCACGCCGAUGUUUAUGGCGCCGGAAGUGGCUCGAGGGGAAGAACAGGGGUUUGCGGCGGAUAUAUGGGCGGUUGGAUGCGUGGUGAUUGAGAUGGCCACCGGUGGUUCACCGUGGACGAACGUCGACGACCCUGUUUCCGUUCUUUACAAGAUUGCUUUUUCCGGUGAAUCGCCGGAAAUCCCGAGUGGGUUUUCACGUCAAGCAAAUGAUUUCAUCCGAAAGUGCUUGAUCCAAGAUCCGAAAGAGAGAUGGGGAGCAACAGAGCUUCUAAAACACCCAUUUCUUCGACGAUUCAAUCGUAAAACACAGCAAAUCGUUGAUCAAGAUUUUAGCAAAGGGUCACCAACAAGUGUACUUGAUCAAGACGUUUGGAGUUCAAUGGAAGUAUCAGCGUCAGUGGGUAUCGAUUCGUACCAACCACCAUGCUCAUCAAACUCUUUGCGGCAAAGAAUCAAACAGUUGGCGGGCAACCCACAUAAAGAACAACCUAAUUGCGAGGAGGAGAUCAAUUGGAUGAUGAUCAGAAGCAAUCAAAACAGUUGGGAGUUGGAGGGUUGA